ACAUUGGAUAAAAUCGUAAAAUUAGAACUAUUUGAAAAAGAAACACCAGAGAAUAUCGAAAAAAUUUGGACAGCAGGACAUGCCAACAAGGACUGCAUCACAGCCGUUAUUCCAAGUGACAUAUAUGACAAGCUGUAUAAACGUAGCCAAGAUUAUCCAAUGUUUGUCGUACCUAUGCCAAGAGAAGAAGGUGUCGAGUUUUACUUUCUUCAGUUCAAUUUCCAUCAGUGCUACUUUACGUCCCUCUUAGAAUAUAAAGCAAAGGGCACUGAAGCAAGACCUUUCUUAACACUGACACACUUUACAGAACUUCAAAAAUCCAAGGGACUUGUCUUGAUGAAGGGUGAUAUCAACGAUGAACCACGUAUGUUGGAUACUCCCAACGCUCAAUUUUUAGCAUUUGCUCUUCAACAAUUUUAUGCUUCUGGUAGUGAAGAUAAGCUCAAACUAGUCGAAAAAUUCCACAGGUCGCCAGCUGAAUUUGAUUUCCAGGAGCUUAUUAAAGCAGUUGAAACACUUGUUUAG